GCCUCCGCUUGGCUUGGGGCCGCGUCGGCCACCCGCUUCGAUGCGGUUCGGGUCCAAAAUGAUGCCGAUGUUUCUUACAGUGUACCUCAGCAACAACGAGCAGCACUUUACAGAGGUGCCUGUCACUCCAGAAACAAUAUGCAGAGAUGUGGUGGACCUGUGCAAGGAACCCGGCGAGAGUGAUUGCCACUUGGCUGAAGUGUGGUGUGGCUCAGAACGUCCCGUUGCAGAUAACGAGCGGAUGUUUGACGUCCUGCAAAGGCUUGGAAGUCAGAGGAACGAAGUGCGUUUCUUCCUUCGUCAUGAACACCCUCCUGGCAGGGACAUUGUGAGUGGACCAAGGUCUCAGGACCCAACUCUAAAAAGAAAUGGCGUGAAAGUCCCUGGAGACCAUCGGAGGAAGGAGAACGGGGUUAACAGUCCUCGGAUGGAUCUGACUCUUGCUGAACUUCAGGAGAUGGCGUCUCGCCAGCAGCAGCAGAUCGAGGCCCAGCAGCAGGUGCUGGCCACGAAGGAGCAGCGCUUGAAGUUUCUGAAACAGCAAGAUCAGCGUCAACAGCAACAGGCUGCCGAGCAGGAGAAGCUGAAGAAGCUGAAAGAAAUAGCGGAGAACCAGGAAGCUAAGCUGAAGAAAGUGAGGGCCCUUAAAGGCCACGUGGAGCAGAAGAGACUGAGCAACGGGAAACUCGUGGAGGAGAUCGAACAGAUGAAUAGCUUGUUCCAGCAGAAGCAGAGGGAGCUCGUUCUAGCCGUGUCCAAAGUAGAGGAACUCACAAGGCAGCUCGAGAUGCUCAAGAACGGCAGGAUCGACGGCCACCAUGACAACCAGUCUGCGGUGGCGGAGCUCGAUCGGCUGUACAAGGAGCUGCAGUUAAGAAACAAAUUGAAUCAGGAGCAGAAUGCCAAGCUGCAACAACAGAGGGAGUGUUUGAAUAAGCGCAAUUCAGAGGUGGCGGUCAUGGAUAAGCGUGUGAAUGAGCUGAGGGACCGGCUGUGGAAGAAGAAGGCAGCGCUGCAGCAGAAAGAAAACCUGCCAGUUUCACCUGAUGGGAAUCUGCCUCAGCAGGGAGUGUCUGCACCGAGCCGCGUGGCUGCCGUCGGUCCCUACAUCCAGUCGUCCACUAUGCCCCGGAUGCCCCCCAGGCCCGAACUGCUGGUGAAGCCGGCUCUGCCCGAUGGGCCCUUGGCCAUGCAGCCUGCAGAGGGGCCCAUGAAAGUCCACACACUGCCCAACAUGCGAUCUGGGACCGCUUCGCACGCUAAAGGCUCCAAAAUCCAUUCACUUGGCCCCGACUGGAGUCCAAAUGCAGACCUUUUCCCAAGCCAGGCCCCUGCUUCUGCCCCGAAAAGCGCUGGGACCACUCCAGACGCAGCUGAUGAUGGGGAGGUUCCACUGAGGGACAAGGAGAAAAAGGUGCGGCCCUUUUCCAUGUUCGACACAGUUGACCAGUCGGCCGCCCCACCGUCCUUUGGGGCGCUGAGGAAGAACCAGAGCAGUGAAGACAUCCUGCGGGACGCGCAGGCGCUUAAGGAGGCUGCAAAUAAAAAUGUGAAAGUACCACCUCCCGUUCCGUCAAAACCCAAACAGAUUAACUUGCCUUAUUUUGGACAAACGAGUCAGUCCUCGUCAGACGUUAAGCCUGAUGGAAAUCCUCAGCAGUUGUCCAAGGCCGUCACAACCAUGGGAAAUAAACCCAAAACAGCAGGGCAGCAGCAGAGGGUCCUGCUGGCCCCCGGCGUGCCAUCGGGUGGCCAGGACCAAACCCUUAUUCCCGGUUCUAAGCAAGAGAGUCCGCCUGCCGCCGCUGUCCGGCCCUUCACUCCGCAGCCUUCCAAAGACGCCGCCCUCCCCCCCUUCAGGAAGCCCCAGACCGUGGCGGCCAGCUCAAUAUACUCCAUGUACACCCAGCACCAGGCUCCGGGGAAGAACUUCCAGCAGGCCGUGCAGAGCGCGCUGACCAGGACGCACCCCAGGGGGCCGCACUUCUCCAGCGUCUACGGCAAGCCCGUGAUUGCUGCUGCCCAGAGUCCGCAGCACCCGGAGCACGUUUACGCCGGGCACCAGGGCAGAGCCGUCGGCCCGGAGCCUGAGGCGGAGCCGGUCUCUUCGGCUCCGGAGAGCCAUGAGAACGAGAGGAUUCCUCGGCCACUCAGCCCGACCAAGCUCCUGCCUUUCUUGUCGCAUCCGUACCGAAACCAGAGUGACGCUGACUUAGAAGCCCUCCGAAAGAAACUGUCCAACGCGCCAAGGCCACUGAAAAAACGGAGCUCCAUCACGGAGCCGGAGGGGCCGAACGGGCCGAACAUUCAGAAGCUCCUGUAUCAGAGGACCACCAUCGCUGCCAUGGAGACCAUCUCUGUGCCGUCGUACCCGGCCAAGCCGACCUCGGGGACUGCCGGCUCGGAAAGCCUGGUGGAGAUCCAGAAUCCGUAUUUACAGUCGGAGCCAGAGCCGGAGGUGCUCUCUGUGGUUCCCGAACCAGUGUCCCCGGAGGAAGCGGGGAACGCGCGCGCAGAGAACAGUGACGUGCCAGCCCCUCCCCCGGGCCUCGGCUACGUGCCCGAAGGAGCCCCAGACGUCAGCCCAGAUCUCCAGAGCAGCGUGGAAGAGCCAGAUCCAGAGGCUCCCCAUCUGCUUGACGUGUACCUGGAGGAGUAUCCCCCCUACCCUCCGCCGCCAUACCCAUCGGGGGAACCAGAGGGGCCCGGAGAAGAUGCGGGGAGCAUGCGUCCGCCUGAAAUCACCGGGCAGGUGUCUCUGCCCCCGGGCAAAAGGACCAACUUACGUAAAACUGGUUCCGAGAGAAUUGCUCAUGGAAUGAGGGUGAAAUUCAACCCCCUCGCUUUGCUUCUAGAUUCAUCUUUGGAGGGAGAAUUUGACCUUGUACAGAGGAUUAUUUAUGAGGUGGAGGACCCGAGCCUGCCUAACGACGAAGGCAUCACCGCUCUGCACAACGCCGUGUGCGCCGGCCACACGGAGAUCGUCAAGUUCCUGGUGCAGUUUGGUGUGAACGUCAAUGCUGCCGACAGUGACGGGUGGACCCCGCUGCACUGCGCUGCCUCCUGUAACAACGUCCAAGUGUGUAAGUUUCUGGUGGAGUCGGGAGCUGCGGUGUUCGCCAUGACCUACAGCGACAUGCAGACGGCCGCGGACAAGUGCGAGGAGAUGGAGGAGGGCUACACGCAGUGCUCCCAGUUUCUGUACGGUGUUCAGGAGAAAAUGGGCAUAAUGAACAAAGGGGUCAUUUAUGCGCUCUGGGAUUACGAGCCUCAGCAUGACGACGAGCUGCCCAUGAAGGAAGGAGACUGCAUGACCAUCGUCCGCAGGGAGGACGAGGACGAGAUUGAGUGGUGGUGGGCACGCCUGAACGAGCAGGAGGGCUACGUCCCGCGCAACCUGCUGGGGCUGUAUCCGAGGAUUAAACCCAGACAAAGGAGCUUGGCCUAAAACUUGAUAGAAUUGUAGUUAAUGAAGAAUUAAUCUGUUAUCACGAAGAAGAAGUCAUAUGGUUGUUUUGGGCACAAGUUUUACAAGACUUACUUCAAUGACAGUGUAACUUGAAAGCCACGGAGAAUGUGCGCUGGAAGCAAAUGAAGGAUUGAAGGAUUCACUGCUAGGGGAGGACAUUGGGCACCGUGAAAUGGGACUUGGAAGUAGGCGGACCUGCUGCGCCGGGGCGGUGCUCCCAGGAGCACUCAGAAAGAGACCGGUGCCAACCUGUUUCCACAAGAAAUAGGGCCGUUGGGCUUCUGGGAAAUCAGCCUCGUGCCGUGUUUGCUUGGAGUUGUUCAGCACCUGCCUCUGGGCCUGUCCUCCAGCCAGAAAGGACCAGUGUCCCCGUGGCACCACCUCUGAUCGCCCCCCAGCACCACAGGCCCCCGGGGCCUCGCGUGAAGGCUUGGGGUGCCGCACACGUGUACGUUGUCAGCCAAGAACGGUUAGUGGCAGCCGGUGAGCAAUAACUUCGUCCUACGAGUUCUUGUAGCAUUUUAAGAAUUAUACAUAUAUUUGAAAUAUUGAAACCAAGCUACACUACAGAUAAUUAGGUUUAGAAGCUUGUUUUUAGGCUGAAUUUGAAUCUAUAUUUAUUGCCUUUUGUAUCUUGGAAAUUAGAGACUUGUUAUAGAUUUGCCCAUCAUACUUGUGAAGAUCGUAGCUGACUUUCAAAACAGUUGUAAUAAAAUUAAACUUUCUGACUCUGUGCUUUUUUCUGGUUUUAGUUUUUCAUGUCAUACAUAAAUAGCCUUGUUCAGGGUUUACGAGUCAUUGAGAUCUCUUACCCAGCUGAAAAAUAAGAUCUCC